CCUGGUCAAGGGGGUGGACGUGUUUUCUUCUGUCAUGUUUACUUGUUGAAUUGGUUGUCUUACAAACAAUAACAUGACUUUAUUGGAAUUUCAUUUUGUAUAAUUUUACACAACAACGAAAAUGAUUAAGACCGAAAAGAUUCUGCACCUCAAGAGUUCGCGUGGCCGGAAGGUUCGGGUAGUGCGAGAGCACUAUUUGAGAGAACACAUACCAUGUUUCAGCGCUCUCUGUCAAGGGGAUUGCGCCAACGAAGGGAAGAUCCUGUCGGAAGAUCUGACGCACUACGUCGUGCCUGAUGCAGGAGUUGUCCGGGACUUCCUGGAGGUCUUGGAGUUCAGGGAGUUGCGGGGGGUUGUGUUCACGCAGACGGCCUGCCAGGCAGUGCAGCAUAGUCGCGGACGCAGGCAGUAUAACCGGCUGCGCAGUCUGCUGAAGGACCCUCGGCACGAGUGCGUGCUCUUCUGCAAUGAGUUCCAGCAGUACGCCUACUGCCCCAGGGAGAAGGGCGAGGCCCAGGACAAGUGGCAGACCAGGUGUGUGUAUCAUGCAGCUGUGUGGUACUUUGACCACCUCGCCGGGCUGAAGCCAGUUGUGAUGAUUACCGAGGACGCUGCAGCUGUUGGAGAGUACAGCAGCCUGAAUGCUGGGGUCUAUGUCAUCUCCACCCAGGACUACCUGCAGAGUUUCUGGCCGGACCUGCAGGCUGCGCGGGAGCUGCACGGCUCCAUCUCUCAGGCGCUGCAGGAGCGGGAGAGUGAGGGCCAGGAGCGGCAGUACACUGAGCACCUCCCCCUGGAGGUGCUGGAGGCAGGCAUCAAAUCGGGCCGCUACGUCCAGGGCACCCUCAAUGUGAACAAGCACAGAGCACAGCUUGAAGCCUUUGUUCGGGUUGAGGGCUCGACAAACAAGUGCACAGAGCUGAACAGCGAUGUGCUGGUGUGUGGCGGUAAGCUGCGGAAUCGCGCGGUGCACGGGGACGUGGUGGUGGUGGAGCUGCUGCCGAAGGGGGACUGGCGCGGGCGCAACACGGCGUUAACGGAGGGCGAGGCCGAGGACCGGACGGGGGAGGAGCCUCAGAGCCUGCCCAUGCCCACUGGCAGGGUGGUGGGGAUCCUGCAGCGUAAUUGGCGGGAUUACGUGGUGACGUUUCCGCUGUGGGAGGAGGUGCAGUCUCAGAGCCACGGCUCCCAGCGCAUCCUGGUCACGCCCUGGGACUACCGCCUGCCCAGGAUACGCAUCAGCACGCAACAGGCCGAGACCCUGCAGGGUCACAGAGCCAUCGUGAGGCUGGACUCCUGGGAGAGCACGUCUCUCUACCCAAACGGACAUUUUGUGAGGGUGCUGGGCAGGGCCGGAGAGCUGGAGACCGAGGUCCACACAAUCCUCACAGAGAACAGCAUCCACGUAGCACCCUUCUCCGAAGCACAGUUGCGGGAGAUGCCGGUGAACUCCGCGGAGAGCCCCUGGCAGGUGGAGGCGGAGCAGGCGGAGGUGAGGAGGGACCUGAGGGAGUCUCACCUGGUGUUCAGCAUCGACCCCAAAGGCUGCGAGGACGUGGAUGACACCCUGUCCGUGCGCAGGCUGCCCGGCGCCGAGCUGCUGGAGCUGGGCGUGCACAUCGCCGACGUCACGCACUUCAUCAGCGAGGGCUCGCUGACUGACCUGGAGGCCCGGGCCAGGUCCACCACGUACUACCUGGCUGACCGACGCUACGACAUGCUGCCUGCAGUGCUGAGUGCUGACCUCUGCUCUCUGCUGGGUGGCGUGGACAGGUAUGCCAUGAGCGUGCUGUGGCAGCUGGACGCUCGCUCCCUGUCGGUGCAGAAGGUGUGGUUCGGCCGCACGCUCAUCCGCUCCUCGUACCAGCUGCACUACGAGCUGGCGCAGAGCCUGCUGAACGGAGACCAGGGGGCCGAGCCUCUGGAACUUUCCCAGCUGGACGCGGCUGAGAAGGGCCGGAGGCUGGAGGAGCUGCGGGAGGCGCUGCGCCUCCUCACGCACGUGGCCCGGCUCCUCCGCGCGGGGCGGGACGAGGGCGGGGCCCUGGAGCUGGAGGGCGUGGAGGUGCGGGCUCAGGUGGAUGCCGACGGGAACAUCUCGGCCCUGGUGCCCCGGCAGCCGCUGGAGGUCCACGAGACGGUGGCGGAGUGCAUGAUCUACGCCAACCACUGGGUGGCGCGCAAGAUCCAGGAGAGCUUCCCACACCAGGCCCUGCUGCGACACCACCCUGCCCCACGGCAGGAGUUCUUCUCCCAGCUGGUCGACAGCGCCAAGGCCCUGGGCUUCAGCAUCGACACAAGGUCCAAUAAGGUUCUGGCGGACUCUCUGGACCAGGCCAUGGACCCCAAGGACCCGCUGGUGAACCGGCUGCUGCGAAUGAUGGCCACGCAGGCCAUGUCCAACGCCCUGUACUUCUCCACUGGAGCGUACCCCGUGGACCAGUAUGAGCACUACGGUCUGGCUCUCGACAGAUACACCCACUUCACCUCCCCGAUCCGUCGCUACGCCGACGUCAUUGUGCACCGCCUGCUCACUGCCGCCAUUCAGAAGGAGAAAGGGGUGGAGCUAAAGGAGCCCCCAGCCAAUAACAAGGAGCUGGAGGCACUUGCACACCAUAUCAAUGACAAGAACAGGGCAGCGCAGCAGGCCCAGAAGCAGUCCACAGAGCUCUUCCAGUGCCUGUACUUCAAAGACAAGGACCCCCACAGCGAUGAGCGCUGCGUGGCCAACGCCGUCGUCUACGCUGUCCGAGCCAACGGCCUGCUGGUCUUCAUCCCCCAGUACGGGGUUAAAGGUGCAGUGUACCUGAAGAACAGAGAGGGUCAGGUGGUGAGUGUGAAGCAGGACGGGAGCUGUGAGUGGCAGUCUGGCUCACUGCAGAGACACUCCGACCGGAUCAGCACCACUACUGCUGCAGGCACACACACCUUCUGCCUGUUUCAGCACAUUACUGUGCGGAUCUCCGUGCAGUCGUCACGGUGCCACGGCGACCGGCUGUGGCUGGAAGCCAUCAGCAGCCGGCCGCACCGGGCCCCGACCAACCAGAGCGAGGGAGCGGGGCAGGGGGCGGGGCACGGCCGGGCCGAGCUGGUGCAGGAGGUGGUGCGCUGGGCGGAGGAGGCGUCGCAGAAGGAGGCCGAAGGCCGGGCCGCGGCCCCGAAGCUCUCCCGGGAGGAGAGGGAGUUCCGGCAGACCCGCGCGCCCAACCUGUACACACUCCUGCAGGAGGUGCAGGAGCUGGCGCUGGCCGACGUGCCCUCCUGCCAAAGCACCGCCCCUUCAGUGGAGCCGCCGGCCUGCACUGCAUCCGGCUGACUGGGGACGGAGGGCUGAGGCUCCCUGCCCAACGGCGUCAGACUUCAUCGUCAACUUGCUGAGUUUAACCAGUCGAGGCCUUUUGGAUUCGCAGAGCAAGUUGUUUCGGUUGGUCCGUACAGUAUGAGCCAGUGACUGCGUAGCACUGCCUGUUCGCAGAGGCUGAUGGGAAAGCACCGUGUCCAGGAAGUGAAAGACAUUUCACAGAGCUGCAUCACAGACAGUAUUAAAGAAGCAUUUUGUUCAAACUGGGGGGUCACCCAUUGACAAAUAGCUAUGGCUUUUUUUAUCUAUCAACAAGUACUGUUUUUACAGAAAGUAUAUUUUUGUAAGCUUAUAGAAUAUUCUAGACAGUAUUGUCCUGGGUUUUUAGAAACCAUAGGCUCUUGUGGCGAAUGGUAUGUUACGGCGCAGGUCUGGCCUGUAGUGGCAGGUGCUCCAGCCUCUGCCUCGGUUCCGCUGUCAGCCGGUGUGACCGGGAGCCCACAGUGACGGGACACGGCUCCCCCAGGUGCAGGGUAAGCUCAAACAGGCCAGGGUUCUGCCAUGUUCGCUAAUCUGUACAACGGGCCGGGAAAACUCUGAACAGCUGUCGGGUGACACCACUCCCUGUGGCUGCUUGACUGUGUUGACUGUAGGUGUAACAGAGUCACUGCCUUGUUGGAGUUAAGCUGCAUCUGGUCGUUGUGUCUGGCUCAGACCUGGGUCAAAUUGGUAAUUGUUUUGGAUUCAAAUACUGUUCUAAGCUUGUCUGGUGUAUUGGAACCUAUUACAUACUGUCAAAAAGUACAACCCCACCUUCUGGUCCUCUCGGUGGGCUUAAUUGCACCAGGCAAGAAAAGUAUUUGAAUACAAAACAAUUACGUAUUUGACCCAGGUCUGGUGUGGGUGCGGAUUAAACAAAAGGUGGUGGGGGGUUGAAUUUAAAAAAAUAAAAAUAAAAGGGUUUUGAUAUCUGGAGAUGUGAUGGUAGCCUGAGCUGUGAAGUGCAGUUUUUGCAGUCUUAUGUGAAGUAAAGUCUGCUAUAAACACA